AGGUUGAAUAUUAACAGAGAUGCAGUGAUUGCUCAGAGGGGUCGCUCCUAUCACUGUCAAGCUGGGAAAUGAGGGGCGCUGCCUGUAUAUAUGGGAAGAGAGGGGACCUCUCCUUGUCAGAGCUGCUGGUGGGAGAAGGUCACUGAGCUGCUCAAGCCAGCCAGCACCAUGAAACUGCUCCUGCUCUUCCUGCUCUGUGUUUCCUCCGUUAAAUCCCAGGCUGUUGCUGACUAUGAUGACGAGGACGAGAGCCCUCAGCUCGGGGUUCGAGGCCACCGACCCCUGGACAAAAGGCGGGAAGCGGCCCCCACCCUCCGACCCGUGGCACCUCCCAUCAGCGGAACCGGGUACCAGCCCCGGCCCCCAAAGCGGGUGAAGCCGGGCGAGAGGAAGGAACCUAUCAUCUACCCCGACGCUGGUGGCUGCAAGCAUCCUCUAGAGGAGCUGGGAGUGCUGUGUCCAACUGGAUGUGAGCUGCAAACUACACUGGUAAAACAGGAAAAAAGUGUGAAAUCAGUUGUUCGUGACCUAAAGGACAAAGUGAGCAAACUGUCUGAAACCUCUACAACUUUCUAUGAAUACGUGACUGUUCUAGAUGAUAAAUUGGUAAAGACGCAAAAACAAAGAAAAGACAAUGAUGAUAUACUUUCUCAGUACAACACAGAAGUGGAAUUGCAUUAUAAUUAUAUAAAGGAUAAUCUGGACAAUAACAUCCCAUCUAGCCUCAGGGUCCUCCGUGCAGUUGUGGAUUCUUUACACAAGAAGAUACAAAAACUGGAAAAUGCCAUUGCAACCCAGGUGGACUACUGCCGUUCACCAUGUGUUGUUUCCUGCAAUAUUCCAGUGGUUUCAGGCAAAGAAUGUGAGGAUAUUAUCAGAAAGGGAGGCGAGGUAUCUGAAAUGUACCUCAUCCAGCCAGAUCCUUUCGUCAGACCAUACCGAGUAUACUGUGACAUGCAAACAGAUAAUGGAGGCUGGACUUUGAUUCAGAACCGCCAGGAUGGCAGUGUUAAUUUUGGAAGAGAAUGGGAUCAAUAUAAAAAAGGAUUUGGAAAUGUUGCGAAGAGUGGAGGGAAGAACUACUGUGAUACACCAGGUGAAUAUUGGCUUGGAAAUGACAAGAUCAGCCAGCUUACCAAAAUAGGGCCCACUGAAGUUUUAAUUGAAAUGGAGGACUGGAAUGGCGAUAAAGUAUCAGCUCAUUACGGAGGUUUCACCAUACAGAAUGAAGGAAACAAAUAUCAGCUCUCAGUUAGUAACUACAAAGGCAAUGCAGGCAACGCGCUGAUGGAAGGAGCUUCACAGGUGCACGGAGAAAACAGGACAAUGACAAUUCACAACGGCAUGUUCUUCAGUACCUACGACAGAGACAACGAUGGAUGGUUAACCACAGAUCCAAGAAAACAGUGCUCCAAAGAAGAUGGUGGUGGAUGGUGGUACAACCGCUGCCACUCAGCCAACCCCAACGGCAGAUACUAUUGGGGAGGCACCUACAGCUGGGAUAUGGCAAAACAUGGUACAGAUGAUGGCGUUGUAUGGAUGAACUGGAAAGGGUCAUGGUACUCAAUGAAGAAGAUGAGCAUGAAAAUCAGGCCAUACUUUCCACAUUAACCAUUAUCAAAAUGUACAGAAUCAGGGAUUUUCUUUUAAUAUUCGUACAUGGUUAUCUUUUUAGGCAUGGUGUUCAGGCUUGUCUUUACAUAUGAGAACCAAACAUGUAUGUACGAGCAUGUUGUGACCUGAAGUGAAAAGCUAUGUCAACUGUAAAUCAAAGUCUGACUGAUGAAAAUAACUCCCAAGUGUAUUUUGUUCCAUUUUUCAUUUGUUCACGAGACAGAAGUAACUACUAUAGAAUAAUACUGAUGAAAAAAACCAAACCCCCAACUUGUUUCACUCUUUUACAAAGGACUUCUAUACCACGUUUGAAGAGAUAGAGGAUUAUUUUAAAAUGUUUUCUAAAAAUUAAAUAAAGCCUUAAAACAAAA